ACCAAGCCGUUCGUAUCCAGAAGUCGUACUCCUGCCUCUCUAGUAUAAGCUGCUCAGAUGCACUAUCCUGUAGUUUUUGCGACUGCUAUGGAGGGAACUCGUGCGCCAUGGACUCCUGAAGGACUACUCUACGUGUCCGCUUUCGGCCUUCUUUGCGGACUAUCUUGGAUAUACUAUAUCAAUCGUCGUCAUGCGAUAGGACACAAAGAGGGCCACUCGAACCGAAUUCGGCGCUCCCCAGGAGGAUUACCACCGGUGUUCCCGAACGGUUGGAUCCCGAUACUCGAGUCUUCAAAGUUGGAGAAGAACAAAGUCGAGUCCAUCAGUGCGAUCGGCAUGGAACUUGUUGCAUUCCGAACCCAAGAUAACGUGCCUCACGUCAUGGAUGCUUACUGUCCCCACUUGGGUGCUCAUUUGGGAACCAUGGGCCGCGUGACGGGGGACUGCAUCGAGUGCCCUUUUCACGGCUGGAGGUUCAGAGCAGAAGACGGAGUCUGCACCCACGUGCCGUAUGCUAGCAAAGUGCCGGAGUUUGCGAAGGUCAAGACGUGGCUCUGUCGGGAGUUGCUGGGUUUCAUAUUUGUCUGGCAUCACGCCGAGUGUGAAGCACCGUCCUGGGAGGUGGAAGAUCAGCCAGAGAUUAGCAACGGUGCAUGGAUACAGACAUCGCGCUUUGAAAGACGGGCCCUCUGCCACGUUCAAGACAUUUCGGAAAAUGGAGCGGACAUUGGUCACCUGAACGCAAUCCACAAGCCUUCGACUUUCGUUUCCACCGAAGACUUUGCCCGUGAUGCCGGCCAGUCGUGGAAAGGACGUCUCAUGUCCUACCGCUUCGACGCUGCGUGGUCUUCACAAGGAACUACUGCCAGAACUGACCUUACUAUCUACCCGUCUGUCAUGGGACUAGAGAUAAAACAGUUCGUCACAGAAGGAUACUUCAGGGCACUGGGACCAGCCCUGCUUGUGUUCCGCGCUCGAACAGUGUUCGGUGGCUUCAUAACUGUCAUGGCUGUGACACCCAUGGGACCACAGGAACAACGACUGAUCCAUCUAACGUUCACUGAGCCUAGGAUGCCAUGGAUUAUGCGAAAGUUUUUUGAACUUGGAAACCGAAGAAUGAUGGAAAGAGACAUCAUUGUUUGGAACAAAAAGAUUCGCCUCAGGAACCCUUUGCUGGUGAAGGAGGAGCAUCCCAUUACGGCUUUCCGCAAGUGGUACUCCCAGUUCUACAGCCUCCAUAGUCCGACGUGGAAGGAUGUCAUGGAUAACACAAUGACGUGGUGAUUCUUCAUGCGUUCUAUGAAAACGAGCUAUUCUUUGAAUGAAGAGCGCCCUGGGAGAAAAUAAUUCCCUUUUUUUGUUUUUUUUUCUUCAAAUGUACAGAUUGAUAGGUUUUUGUAUGUAUACAUACCUGGCAAAGCUCAUGUCUAUGAUCACAGGAAUAUUUCCAUGUGGUGGGGGUUGCUGAAAAUAAAUGUUUGCUGUGGAAACCUGUGAA